AGUAAAUGCAUAGUACGCUAUCGCAUGUAUGGCAUUGAUGUAUGACGUACAUCGAUGAUCCUCGCAUACUCAGACACUUUGACGGCUUCAUAGUUCAUACCAUGUAACUUAGUCUCUCCAACCCACAAUGAACAGAAAACCCUCGCCUUUAUAGCGAUGAGUUUGCCCCCAUGUGCUAUACGCAAUCGUAGCAGACUGUGCAACCACCUUCGCCCAUCAAGAUCACUUUUUUACUCGGUUAGGACCACACAACCAUCGCGGUUCGGAAGCCUCGGGAGCCAUUACUCUACACAACAUGAUGCUGGUGAUGACCCCAGAUUCAAGGAUCUUGGAAAGCAACUGGUUGACGAAUAUGCCAUCUUAAGGGAAAAAUAUGCUACCCCUAAACACCCCAUUGUGCUCGCCCAUGGUUUGCUGGGCUUUGCCGAACUUCGCCUUGUUGGCGGAUGGUUCCCAGCUAUUCACUACUGGCGAGGAAUCACCGAUGCCUUGAAGGCCAAUGGCAUCCAUGUUAUCACCGCAACAGUACCCCCAUCUGGAAGCAUUGAGCAACGGGCGCAAAAGCUUGCGCAUGGGAUUGCCGAAGUUGCACAGGGAAAGAGUGUGAAUAUCAUUGCUCACAGCAUGGGAGGGCUAGAUGCUAGAUAUAUGAUUUCCCACCUUCAGCCCAAGAACGUUGAUGUGCGGUCCUUGGUCACCGUCGCCUCCCCGCACCGGGGAAGCGCAUUCGCAGACUAUCUGCUCGGCGAGAUUGGGCAAGCUCGACUUCCGAGCAUAUAUAAGUUCGUCGAAGGUGUCGGCAUGGACACGGGUGCCUUCGAGCAACUGGGUCGAGCAUACAUGACAGAGAAAUUCAAUCCAGAAACUCCAGACGAUCCCGAUGUUCGCUAUUUCUCGUACGGGGCGAGGAUGGAUCCGCCACCUCUCCUUUCCCCUUUCCGUUACUCGCACAACGUCAUCGCGAAUCAAGAAGGUCCCAACGACGGUCUAGUCAGCGUAGCAAGCUCCAAAUGGGGCACAUACAAGGGGACCCUAGUCGGUGUUAGUCACUUGGACUUGAUUAACUGGACGAAUCGCCUCAAAUGGACGAUGUGGAAAAUGCUGGGUCAAGGACCAACGUGAGUCGAACAAACACAUGUUCGGGUACAUAAGCCCAUGCUGACCAACAUAUAGUUUCAACGCCAUCGCCUUCUAUCUCGACAUUGCCGAUAUGCUUGCGAGGGAGGAUUUAUAACUUGUUUCCUUCCUCGAGCUCUUGAUACCACGAAACCAUAAUGAAAGCCAUAUUCAACUCUCAAAACUCUUGUAUAAACUUAAUGUGCAUCUAGGGAUCAAUGUACACGAUCGCGAUCAGUGGAAUAAUACGAAAUUUGAAAGAGUAUUCGCUAGGCCAAGGCAGGCAAUAUGAUCAUACUCAUGAACUUCAGCGAUUGGAAAUACGCCCACAGCUGGGUUGAUUCCUGUUGAUCUCAUAACCAACAUGGCAAGGAGGAGAAAUAGUCGAAAUCCUUCAUCCGCGAUACUCAUGGCAGGGCGUCGAUAGAUGGCAAUUGAGGUUUCGUUAUCGCCCAUUCUAUGAACCUUCCAUAGAACGAAUCUUAUUACCGAUCAUCUUACAUUUCAUAUAGCUACAAGCCUAUUACAUCAGCAAAGACAUAACUCUCCAACGUA